AUGUCGUUUUGUCUAGAAACUUUGAUGUUAAUAGAAUUUUGUUGUUAAAAACGGAGUUAGUUUACCUUCAGACGUUAACUCAUUAGGAUCAACAAAUUUUUCUCUCUCACAACGACGCAGAUACCAUGCAGAGUUAUAAGUAUCAAUCCGGAUUUGGCUCAUAUUUCUCGUCGGAAGACCCGAGAUGUCCUGAUGCCUUGCCAAAAGGUCAAAAUUCGCCACAAAAAUGCGCUUAUGGAUUGUAUGCCGAACAAUUAUCGGGAACGGCUUUUACGGCGCCACGUCACGACAAUUGCUUGACUUGGUUCUAUCGCAUUCGUCCCAGUGUUGUGCAUUCGCCGUUCACGCGAUUCGAAAAGACCAAACAUUUGGCGCGUCAUUACGACGAACAGUUCCCAAACCCGAACCAGCUGCGAUGGAAGCCUUUUGACAUGCCAACCGUUGGAAAAGUUGACUUUGUCGAGGGAUUGCACACGGUUGCCGGCGCCGGAGAUCCGAAAUCGCGACAUGGCAUUGCGAUUCACGUCUUUUUGUGUAACGCCUCGAUGGAAAAUCGCGCGUUCUACAACAGUGACGGUGAUUUCUUGAUUGUGCCGCAACAUGGAGUGCUCGAUAUUACGACGGAAUUCGGUAAAAUGAGCGUAAAACCGAACGAAAUUUGUGUCAUUCAACAAGGAAUGCGAUUUUCCGUCAAUGUAACGGGCCCAACACGCGGUUACAUCUUGGAAGUGUUCGAUAAUCACUUUAAAUUGCCCGAUUUGGGUCCCAUUGGAGCCAAUGGAUUAGCAAAUAAGCGAGAUUUUUUGACGCCCGUUGCAUGGUUUGAAGACAAAGAAGUCGCGCGGUAUGAAAUUGUGUCGAAAUAUCAAAAUGCCUUGUUUGUUGCCACGCAAAAGCACUCGCCGUUCGAUGUUGUUGCCUGGCACGGCAACUUUGUGCCCUACAAAUACGACUUGGCUAACUUUAUGGUCAUCAAUUCUGUCAGUUUUGAUCAUUGCGAUCCCAGUAUCUUCACCGUUCUCACCUGCCCGAGCUUGAAGCCCGGCACAGCAAUUGCGGAUUUUGUUAUUUUUCCGCCACGUUGGUCCGUGCAAGAACACACUUUCCGUCCCCCGUACUACCAUCGCAACUGCAUGAGUGAGUUCAUGGGUCUCAUUUACGGCACCUACGAAGCCAAAGAAGGAGGUUUUCAGGCUGGCGGUGGCUCUUUGCAUUCCAUGAUGACGCCGCAUGGUCCCGAUAAGCAAUGUUUCGAGGGCGCUUCGAAUGCUGUUUUGGCGCCGCAACGCGUUGCCGAUGGCACACAAGCUUUCAUGUUCGAAUCGUCGCUCAGUAUGGCAGUUACCAAAUGGGGAGAAGAAACGUGCCAGAAAUUAGACGCCAAAUACUACGAAUGUUGGCAAGGAUUGGAAAAACAUUUCAAAAUGUGAACGUUUUUUUUUAACAAAAUAAACAAAUUCGGUGGCGGGCGAAAUCGAAAUAAAAAAAAUGUCCUUUGGGACGUCGUAUUUUUUAAUUGCCAGUUACUGUUUUGCUUUUU